AUGGUGCUAGUCAAAAAAACUAGAGGCCGUCAAAAAAUUGACAUCGCAAAAAUACAAAAUGAGCAACAUCUACAAGUGACAUUUUCCAAGCGUCGUGCAGGCCUUUUCAAAAAGGCUAGCGAAUUGUGCACUCUUACUGGCUCUGAGGUUGCCCUUGUGGUUUUUUCUCCCGGAGAAAAAGUUUAUUCAUUUGGUAGCCCUAACAUUGAUGCUAUAAUAGAAAAGUUUGAAUUCAGUACUCCAAAAUCAGUUGAUGCUUCAACCCUGCUUUUGGAGGCUCAUCACAGGUUUAAUGUCCAGCAUCUAAAUAAGCAACUGAGCAUCCUCGAAAAUCAGUUGGAGGCAAAGAAGAAAAUAGGGGAAACCCUUAAUCAACUAAGAAAAGUUGGCCAAAUUCGUCAUUGGUGGGAUGCUCCCAUCAAUGACCUUAAUUUGGAGCAACUUGAGAGCUUGCAUUCAGCUCUUCUUGAACUCCAAAAUACCGUUAGAAUUGAACUGGAAAAACCAAUAUAUGAGAAUACAAACCAAGUUCCAGAUCUCAAUGAGAUCAACCCGUAUGGGAUAAGCCCUUUGGGAAUUAAUACAAGGGAGAAUGAAGGUGGUGCUUUUGAUCUUAUCCAGUCUCAACCACCUAGAACCAAGGCAUUUGCCCCAACUGCUGCUUCCUCUCGGGUGAAUACUGGCAUUUCAAGCAAUGCUUGGACUAGAGCUCUCACAGCAGAACAUGGUCCUACUGCUUCACUUUCUUUUGCUCCAAAUGCAUCUGAAUUUGAUGGUGCAACAAUGCCUUCUUACCCUUCUCAAGGAUUCAACACCAUCCAUGGUGGUCUCACAUUGUUCAAGAUCUAG